CCUAACCAUAACAUUUCCAACCAAAUGAGCCAGAAGCGGAAGAGGCGGGAGGACGAGACGGAGAUGGAGAUUGUAUGGCAAACGCCCGCGAACCCGCCGGAGCGCCGAGAUUACAUUUUCCGCGACGGUGUUCGCUACGUGAAACCCUACUACUUCGAGUUCAUCUGCCAUGUGAAGAAUCGCUGGGCGGGGAAGACCAUUGUCGAUCUCUUUGCUGAAGAAUUCAAAGGCCGGCCAUAUGAUUACUACGUUUCUGCUGUUAAAUCUGGACGGAUACAAGUGGAUGGGGAGGUGGUGCCAGUUUCAUACAUAGUUCAGCCAUCACAGAAGAUAAGCCACUUCUUACACAGGCACGAACCACCAGUAAGGGCAUGGGAAGUUUCAAUUCUGCAGCAAGAACCAGAAGUAUUGACUGUUUGUAAACCUGCAACGGUCCCGGUGCAUCCAUGCGGUCAGUAUCGUAAAAAUACGGUGGUUGGCAUUCUUCAGGCUGAACAUGGGUUGGCUUCUUUAUUCCCUAUUCAUCGACUGGACCGCUUGGUCUCUGGACUGCUUAUCUUGGCCAGAAGUGCUUCUAAGGCUGACCAAUUUAGGCAGCAGAUUGAAGCUGGGAUGGUCCAGAAACUGUAUGUUGCAAAGGUCAUAGGGAUAUUUCCCGAGGAAGAGGUAGUUGUGAAUGCCAAUGUAAACUACAAUGCUAGAGAAGGGAGGAGCACUGUGGAGGUGGAGCCUGUUGGAAACACUGUUGUUCCACUGAAGGGAAAGGCUGCUAGUACAAAAUUUAUGAGGAUUAGAACCAAUGGGACUCACAGCACUGUUCUAUGUAAACCAAUCACUGGCAGAACUCACCAGAUACGUGUCCAUCUCCAGUAUACAGGGCAUCCAAUAGCCAAUGACCUACUCUAUCUCUCUGAAGUUGUUACUGAUCGUUUCACUAAAGGUUUGGGUGUGGAUAGAGCUGCCGCUAAGUCAGCUCACUCUCUAGCAUCUGCUCGUGUUGAAGCCUCUCCUGCUGGAUAUGAAGAUAAUUCAAAGGAAGCUUUUAGUAUUGAUCCUAUGUGUACGAACUGUCCCAAUUUGGCUCCUCAAGGAUAUGAUGGGCAUGAGGAUGGUCUAUGGCUGCAUUGUGUUCGAUAUACAGGGCCUGAUUGGACUUAUGAAUGUCCAUAUCCGGAUUGGGCAUUACUUGACUAAAUUUUCCCCCCACCUCAUUCAUUUACGUUUUGAGGAAAUUAUGUUGUCCUUCCCAUCUCCUUGUAUAUUGUGGUCAAUCCAAUAUGUAUAAUGUGGUCAAUCCAAUUAUCCAGUAUUUUAUAAAGAAAAUUACUGGCCUCAAUGGCCAAUAUGUUUCUUGGA